GGGGCGGAGGCGGGGAGGCGCAGACUGCACGAGGCGCCGUUUGCGCGGGAGGCGCCGCCCGCGCGCCUCGGCGUGCGUCAUCUUGACGACGAGCUACACUACCACGACCCGGCGGGUGCGGGGCGCGCGCUGACUUGCGGACUCUGCGGGCGCGCGCUGGCCUCGCCGCACCUGCUGGACCUGCACGUGCAGGAGGAGCACGACUCCUUCUUCGCGGCGCUGGCUGCCACCAGGCCCUCCUAUUGCUGCUACAUAGAGGAAUGCAAGGAGAAGUUCACGAAUCCCGAGGAACGCUUCGGUCAUUGCGUCACAGUACAUAAGCUACCAAAAGAUUUCAGAUUCUAUCAAAAACCGAAAACACCAAAGAAUAAAAAUAACAAAAAUGAAUCCACGGACAUGGAUGAUAAGGAAGUAAAACAUAAAUUAUUUACUUUAAGUAACAGCAAGGGAAAGGCUUUUGUGAAAAGUUGCAGAAGAAGGAGGACGAGUAGUGACGACACUAGCGCCAUGAAUGUGGACGAAGUCGGAACUUCAUUCGUACCUGUUGCCAACAUUUCCGACGAUUCAUGCGCACAAAAAUAAUUACAUAUUAAAAUA